GACCGCCCCCUACCACUCCAGAGGGGACUGUGAUAUAGGCAAGGUUAGCCCCCACCAAGACCACACUGUGUCUCCUAAAAAGACGACAUAUGACCCCCUCAACAUCCCGGAGCGCAGGACACAACUCCUACGGGACCUCUACAUCAGACGUAUAUCUAUAGCCUUCCUGCAAGAGACGCACUUUUCAAUGCUGAAAAGUAAGCACUAUCCUAAUGCCGCCUGUAGUAACCAUCCAACAGCCCGCAGCGCGGGGGUAGCUAUCUUCCUAGGAGCAAAGCUACAAUUCCAUGAAGCAGACCGACUGUCGGAUGCAAAUGGCAGGUACCUCUACCUUAAAGGAGCUAUUCAAGAUACAGAUACACUUUUGCAACAAUCUACGUCCCAAACAAUAACCAAGCCCAAUGCAAAACCCUCCUCAAGCUCUCCUCCUUUACAGAAGGAACCUUGAUCUUAGGCGGAGAUUUCAACGUACCACUACACCCUCUUACCGACUCGUCCACGGGAUACAGCUGCAUAACUCAAGGUGCUCACGGGACCUUCGACUGGUGGAUUGCUGGCGCGCAAUGCAUCCCGACGACAGGGAAUACACCCAUUACUCCAUGAUCCACAAACGCUACUCGAGAAUAGUUUAUAUAUUAAUAGAACAAGAACUGCUGACGACAAUUCGAACAGCGGAGAUAGGAGCUGCACAAUGGUCCGACCAUGGACCAGUCAUUCUGAAGAUAGAUUCCCCGAGGAUGCGCCCAACCUCGUGGGCAUGGAGGCUCCAAGACUCGCUACUGCUUGACCUAACAGUAAGGGAACAGGUCUCCGAAGAACUCACUUCAUAUUUUACGCUCAACACACCAGAAGACCACAUCGCAAUCACGAUCUGGGAGGCGCAUAAAAGCGUUAUUAGAAAAACACUGAUGCACCUGGCUUCCAAAAAGAGAAAAGAAUAUCGAUGA